GCAGAGACUGUCAACAGCCAUGGAGUUCACAAGGCGAUACCUGCCCAUGGAAUGGGAGGAGAGGUGGAGAAGAGAGAAAGAGAAAAGAAAGAAGGUGAUAGAGGAAGGAGGGGAGAGGUUUGAGCAGGAGAACAGGAGGUUGAAGUGGAUCAAGGCUUACAAUGACAGCAGAAUGGGGAUGAAAGAAAAGGAGGAGAUGGAGAACAUGAGGAACGGGAGAAGGAAAGAAGACCAAGAGGCAUUUGGGCGGAAUGAGCAACAGGAGACACAGACGUACAACAGAGAUGCGUACCCAACUGAGGUCUUCCGAGCCCUGGAGGAACUGAGGCAGUGGUCCGUCCUCACUGACCUGACCUUGGUUCUUGAGAAAGGGCUCAGCUUCCAGUCUCACUCUCUGGUUCUGGCUGCCGUGAGCACCGUCAUCCAGAAGAUGCUCCAAGAAAGGACUGAAGAGAAGAUGUGUCUACGUUUGGGUCCAGAGGUGUCUGGGUUGGGACUGUCUGCGGUGCUGGAGUUUGCCUACACUGGAAACCUCACUGGUCUGGACAGGGAAUCUUUGGCUCAGAUUCAGAAGGCCGCUCUCUAUCUGGGGGUCCCCAGGGUUCUGGAGCUCUGCAAGGAAGAGGAAGACAGGAAGAAGAGAGAGAGUGAUGGAAGCAAGAAGGUGGAAGAGAUGAAGAAGAUCUCUGCUGAAGAACAGAUGGAGGCCAGUCUUCGGUCCAUCAGACAGCUGUGGGCGGAGGGAGUUGGCUGUGAUGUGGAGCUGGAGGCUGAAGGAAUAGUGUACCAUGUGCAUAAGGUUCUUCUGGCUGCGAGCAGCGACUACUUCCGUGCCAUGUUCAGCAGUGGCAUGAGGGAGAGCCAGCAGGCCACAGUGUCCCUGCUUUUGAUAGGGGCUCAUGAGCUGGAAGCCCUUCUUCACUGUAGCUACAGAGGGGAUCUGGCUCUUGACUGGGACUGCGUCUUUGAGCUCACUUGCAGCGCCCUUCAGUUCCAGUUCCAACCUGCGCUCUCACUCUGCCUUGGCUUCCUGGAGCAGCACAUCGAUGUCCACAGCUGCCUGGACAUAGUUGCCUUUGCUGAAGCUUACAUGAUGAGUGACUUGCUCGAGAAAGCCGAAGACUUUGUCCUUGUGCACUUCCAGGAGGUCGCGGCCACUCCUAAGUUCCAGGACCUGCCAGCCGAGAAGCUGCUGGACUUCCUAAGACAGGACGGCUUGUGCGCUCCAUCUGAGCUAGCAGUCUUCAGGGCGGUGGUGACGUGGAUCGAGGCCGAGCCAGACGAGAGGUUGCCUCGAGCCAGUGACCUGAUGGCAGGAGUGCGCUUCCCGCUUAUGACCUUCCGUGAGUUCCGUGAGGUCAGAGCCAUCAACCUGCAGAUGGAAUGCAAUAGCGACAGUAAUGUAGAGCUGUACGAGUCGGCACUGACGGAGUUUGGAUUCGGAGGGUCCUGUACCAAGGUGCAGGAUCGUGUACGCCACCCCAAAGAUGCCCUCAUUCUCAUUGGCGGCGACCAGCUAGAUAAUGGCCUGAGGCUCCCAAGCAGACAGCUGUGGUUCGCUAACUCCAUGCGCAGUGGUGUAGGGCUGGUGAAGGAGAUGGAGUGGAGGGUUCUGGGGGAAAUGCCAGAGCAAGCCAGGUUCAGGCAUGGAGUGGGCGUCCUUGAUGGAAAGCUCUACGUAGCGGGAGGCUGCCACUACUAUGCCAAGGCGGACACAAUGAAAUCUGCUUACAGAUAUGAUCCUUUCAAAAACUCUUGGGAGAGACUGCCAGACAUGCAGGAGAGAAGGAGUAACUUCAUGAUGGUGGUGAGAGGAGACAGCCUGUACGCCAUUGGAGGAGACCAAGAAAUCAACACCAAUCUGGACAGUGUGGAAAAGUACUCACCAGACAAAGGCACCUGGAGCUUCAUGCACCCGCUGGAUCAGCCCCUGAGUGGCCACGCAGCUGUCGUCUGGGACGGCGAGAUUUUCGUCUCGGGAGGUUUUAACUGCAAGUACCAGUGCCUGGUCUCCAUGUUGCUCUACCACCCAGAACAAGGCACCACUUACCUGGCUGACAUGGCCCACGACCGGGCCCUGCACUGCAUGGAGACCCUGGCCAACCGCUUCUACGUAGCUGGAGGGGUGUGCAACCUGCGGAACUUCUACACUGACCAGUUGUUCUGUGAAAGCUACGAUCCUGUAACUGACUCCUGGACCGUGUUCACUCCUCUGCCCCUCUCCCACGUGGGAGCAGCCUCUGCUGUCCUGGAGGAGAAGGUGUACAUUCUGGGUGGUUACUGCCAGGAAGAUUACAGCGAGGCCAGGCUGGUGCAUCGCUUUGACCCCAUCACUCAACGAUGGGAGAACAUGGGCAAGCUGGCAGGCCCUGUCACAGAUAUACGGGCCUGCUUGCUCCACUUGCCUGCAUGUCUGAGAAAGUGAGAGGGACAGAAAGCUCUGUUGAAAAUGCUAUUAAGGUAACACUUAACUUAAGAUAAUUUUUGGUACAACAGCAGGUGAGAGUAGCUGAAAGUUACAAGAAGUUCUUAAGGAGACUUUUCCAGUUUUUUGCAUAUUUCAGUUGUUGCAAUUUGAUGUCAAAUAGUUUACUGUACUCUGAUUCCUUUACAGUGGUGGUGAUAGGAACCAGGGGUUGCCAUGACGACAACACAGAUAUAGACAUUUUUAUUAACUAUCCAGAACCACCAGUGAGUUUAUAUGUAAUGUUGAUGGUGGUAAAAUAGUGGAAAAUCCAUAAAAAUCAAGUUUUGUUUGCCUUAUAACACCCUGUGUGUAUCCCUCUGCCAUGAAUGGAUUAAAAAAAAAACAUUUCAUGUCAAAAGUUUCUCAAAACUGUCAUAAAACAGUGCCUCAGACGUCAAGCAGAACCAUUUAAUGUAAUAACUUUCUGUGAAGGAGACUGUAGAGCUUCGAAACUACUGACAUCCAGUUCCUGUCACUGCCACUGUGAAGAAGAUCUCUAGAACCAAGCCUUUCACAGUCACUCUGAAUGACUAACAUAUUCACUAUUUCAUUAUGCAGAUGCGUUAUAUUGAUAUUUAUUAUUACUGUAGUUCACAUAUACAUGUGUGCUAAGUAGUAUAGUGUACACUUACAAGUGAUGUAAACUGAUGUUUCAAAAUAUCAAAGGAAAGCAUUUAGCCAUAUUUGUAGGUCCAGUGUGAUGCAUGUAUACUUGUUAUUUUAGGGAAAAUUCUAAUUAAUGUCAGUAUGUAUAUAUAUAUAUAUAUAUAUAUAUAUAUAUAGUAUGGUAUAGGCUCAUAAAUUGAUUUUUAUUGCAUUGUCAUUGUAAACUUAGUUAAAAGGGAUGUUACAGUACACAGUACACUAUGAAAUUGUAUCACUCUAGGUGUGGCUCACAAUUCAGUACUAUAAUAUUGUAAUACUACAAUAAUCAAUAAUUAAUUAUUACCUGACCCUUAUUAAUCCCACAAUGGGGAAAUUUCACCUCCGCCAUCUAAUACCAC